CUUUCACUUUGCAUAGUUAUCUAGAUUGUUCGGCUCUCGUUGAAGCUUCCCACCUGAAAAUUUCACGAAAACAAAUCGUAAACCUUUGUGUUUAAAGCAACGUUUGAUUGUCUGUAAGCGGCUAAAUGAAUCAUAUCGACGGGUUCGGCCUUCUCGAGUCACAAUUAACCAGAAAACAAACCGUAAACAACACAGCAAGCUAACUCUGAGCAACAAUGUUCAGAAAUCACAAGUUAGCCUGAGCUCACUGUCAACUCUGGACCCUGACCUCCUGCACAGGUCUCUAGCAGCCUACCUUGUUUUAGACCUCACACUAUGGAGCGGUCUGCCCUCAAACAGAGCCAGCUGUGCGGCUCUUGGGAGAUGAAGGAGAGACUUGGAACGGGAGGAUUUGGGCAUGUCUACCUGUACCAGCACCUUGAGGCGGGAGAGAAGAUUGCUGUGAAACUUUGCCGCCUGGAGCUGAACUCAAAGAAUAAAGACCGCUGGAGCAGAGAGAUCCAGAUCAUGAAGAAGCUGAAUCAUGUGAAUGUGGUCCAGGCCAGAGAGGUGCCAGAGGAGUUGAGCGCCAUUGCUUUGAAUGACUUACCUCUUUUGGCCAUGGAGUACUGCUCAAGAGGAGACCUACGCAAGAUGUUGAAUAAACCAGAAAACUGUUGUGGGCUAAAAGAAAGUGAAGUCCUCUUGCUGCUCAGUGACAUCGGAUUGGGUAUUCAGUAUUUGCAUGAGAAUAAGAUUAUUCACAGAGACUUAAAACCUGAGAACAUUGUUCUGCAGGAAGUUGGUGGGAAGCUUCUCCAUAAAAUCAUAGAUCUGGGUUAUGCAAAAGACCUAGAUCAGGGCAGUCUUUGCACAUCCUUUGUAGGAACUCUGCAGUAUCUGGCUCCAGAGUUGUUUGAGAGUAAACCCUACACCGUGAGUGUAGACUACUGGAGCUUUGGGACGGUGAUCUUUGAAUGCACAUGUGGCUUUCGCCCCUUUCUGCACCACAUGCAGCCUGUACAGUGGACAAGUAAAGUGAAGAACAAAGGUCCCAAAGACAUCAUGGCAGUCGAGGAUAUGAAUGGCGAAGUCAGAUUCUCAACACGUCUGCCUUAUCCAAACAAUAUCAGCAGGCCGCUGCUUGAACCUGUAGAGUCUCUACUUCAGAUGUUGUUACUGUGGGACCCUGCAGCCCGAGGUGGAGGGCAGGAUCCUGACACAAACAAGCCCUGCUACUACUCGGCUCUGCAGAAAAUUCUCAACAUGAAGGUGAUCCACGUGUUGGACAUGACGUCGGCACAGCUGCACUCGCUUGUUUUGGAGCCAGAGGAGAGCUUACACUCCCUGCAGCUCCGCCUAGAGACACACACGCAGACACACAUCGCGCCGCUGAGUCAGGAGCUGCUGCUGGAGACGGGAAUCUCCCUCGACCCACGAUGGCCACCCUCACACUGUCUGCCAGAGGGGUUGCAAGGCUGGGACAGCUCCAUAGUCUUCCUGUUUGAUAAGAGCCUCACUAAAUACUCCGGACCGCUGACUGCCAGACCUCUGCCAGACAGUGUCAACUUCAUAGGUGAGAAACAUGAAUGAGUACUGAGCUUUAAUAUGAUAGCACAG